AUGAAGCAAUUACAUGGUCAGGUCAGUCUCCCGCUCCAAUUCGGGGUAAAUCGCACAGAAUCACACAUGUCAGAUCAUGGAGACCUCCCUCCACCAGUGGGUCCGCUCUCUCGCGCCCUGUGGAAUUUCUCAUCGAUAUGGUUCAUCGUCCCUCAAGGAACGGGUAUAAUAGCCGUGAUACUAUAUCGAUUGAAAUACCAAUUCAACGGGCUAACAACCCUCGCCACGAUCGUAUGGAUCUACACCAUCGUCCAGCUCGGUUUAUUCCUCAUCCUCUAUCUCAUACGCACAUUCCUAUACCGAAGACAUGUCCUACACCAGCUGCGGAACAACAGCGCCGAAACAUCCUGCCUCUGCUGCAUCUCUAUCGCCUUCACCUCCAUCCUCCAGAUGUCUGUGUUACAAUACGGAGACACAGCUGGGCUGGCCAUCUACAUCUUAUGGUGGGUAAACACCGGCAUGGCCAUAGUCGCCUGUCUGGUGGUCCCAUUCAUCCACCUCAAGAUGCAGCAGUCAGGCGCACGACAUAUGCAGGCCGACAUGUUGCUGCCAUUCCUUGCGGUUUUGACAUCUGCCGCAGGCGGGGGGUUAUAUGCCGCCUCGCGCGUCCCUGCCAUCAUCGUCUCCUACCUCGAAAUCGGGGCUGGUCUUGCCCUCGUUGCUGCGUUUCAUACCAUUAUCCUAUAUCAGUACUUGGGUCACCCGUUCCAGCCAGCGGACAUGGUGUACCAGGAUAUGAUUAUGUGCGGCCCUUGCGGACAGGCUUCGGUCGCGCUCCAGGCUUUGGGCGAGGCUGUUCAGGCCGGUAGCUUUGCGGCGUAUGAUCGCGGUCAACUUCUGACUGCAAAGGCGGCUGGCCCCUUUGCUUUCAUCAGCCAUUUCACUGGUCUUCUUGUUUGGGGAUAUGGGGUCUUUUGGUGGGUUUUUUGCCAUCCUGACUAUCUGUUAUACUCUGCACACACAACCUGGGGGCUGGAAGCAGUCACGGUUCACCAUGUCUGUGUGGUCUGUAGUCUUUCCGGUACUUUUACCAAUGCUGCCGUUGAAUUUGGGAGGAUUAUGGAUUCUCCUGCUUUCGAUGUGUUUUCCACUGCCCUUUUGCUGCUGCUCGUACUCGUUUGGGUGAUUAUACAGAUCCUGACACUGAAAGGCAUAGUGACAGGGCAAGUCUUGGGUCUGGAUCACGGAUGGAGAAAACGAUAUGAUGACCGACCGUCUGCAGUAAUCAAAGAAGCGUGAAACAUCCCAAUGGCUCGGCUUGGGUUCGCGAAUCUCGCAAUCACAUGCAAUAUUGGCAAAAUGGAUCUUCAACUCCACACAUGUUCGAUCACAGGACACUUAUGGUCUGCAUUAUUAUAAAUGAUGCUACGCAUCCAUGGAUAACUCGGCCUUCCCGACCGAACUUCCGCUGAUAUCAUCAAGUCGGAGGAACUUUUGACCGGCUUUCGGGGCUACAACUGGCCGUCUUCUACAGGAGUAUUUUGUGAUCGGCCAGCUUUACAGCAGUUCGAACAACGAUCAUGUUCUGUGAGGUCAUUUACAUUUGAGCGGGGAUUUCAUCAUAUGGGGUGGCUAUGGGUGAGAAGUUGAGGCUGUGAAUUGCCCGACCCCGUCGGGCGCGGCUCGGAUAACCCUGACACCGAACAUUAAAGCUGUCGAUCCACAAAUCCUAUAAGGUACGUACGGACUACUCUACGGAUAAGUACUCCG